AUGGCUACCGAAACCCUUACCCUCCCUAAGGAGCCGACCACACUCAACUACUACCUGGAGCUGAAAGAUGGAGGCAUAGUUCAAACCUACCCAGGAACGGCAUUUGAGAAACGCAGGAAACAUGUCCCACACGAAAUGUACAUUCACGACAUGCGUCCAGCACGCUCCGAAUUCACCUUUGACACGGCUGGAUUCGAGCUGGUCGACCAUGUGUCCAAGGAGAAAGAAUUCGCCGACGAAGAACAUAUCAAACAGGUCUACUAUCCGGAAAUUGUCGAACUUGUCAAGAAAGUGACUGGAGGAGAUCGUGUCCAUGUCAUCUCACAUCUGUCUCGGCGUGAUACGACUCAAGCGUCACUGAAGGCCUCGGAGGGCAAAGCGGAUACUGAUUUCGUCACGGCCACGAAUCCAGCUAGGUUCGCCCACGUCGAUCAAUCUUACCGCGGCGCUGAACAACUUCUGUACCUCAACCUUCCAGAGGAAGAAGCAGACAAAGUGGUCAAGAAACGAUGGGCCAUCGUCAAUGUCUGGGCCCCCAUUAUCAAGAAGGUCACGCGCGAUCCUCUGGCCUUUUGCGACUUUCGUACCGUUGAUGAGAGGGACUUCCGAACCGUUGUCGCCAACCUGCCCCCCAAGGGCGCAGGAGAGUACGCCAACGUGUCUCAGAACAUGAGUCACAAGCAGCGGUACGAGUACAAUCUCAACGGGGAAAAGGCGGCAAGAUAUGAGGUUACAAAUAUGGCGCACAAUCCCAACCAGAAAUGGUACUUUGCCAGCGAGAUGACUCCCGAGGAGGCGUGGGUGUUUAAGAUCUUUGACUCCAAGAAGGAUGGCCGCGCGCGAUGCGCCGUACACUCGUCUUUCCCGCUUGCGAAUCAGGACGAAGAGGGAGAACCAAGGACUAGCGUUGAGCCGGAUUAUGAUGUCCUCAUUAUUGGUGCUGGGUUGUCGGGAUGUUAUGCUUCUCAUCGAAUGAAGCAGUUGAAUCUGACGCACAGAGUCCUCGAGGCAGGCACGUCGGUCGGUGGUACUUGGUACUGGAAUCGCUAUCCUGGCUGUCGCUUCGACUCCGAGUCGUAUUCGUACGCAUUCUUCUUUUCCAAGGAGAUGCUAGACGAGUGGACCUGGACGGAGCAUUUCGCACCACAGGCCGAAACCGAGCGCUACAUCAGGUUCAUGUGCGACAAGCUCGAGUUAUGGGACAACAUGCAGUUCGAAACACGGGUCGAAAAAGCGCAUUGGGAUUCAGGGAAUCUCCUCUGGAGACUCACCGACGCGUCUGGAAACGCAUACACGUCCCGCUACCUCAUCACCUGCAUAGGCGUGUUGAGUAAUCCAACCUUGCCAAAUAUACCGGGCGUACAAGACUACAAGGGGACGGCGUAUCACACUUCUCGAUGGCCCAACGAAGAGGUCAAGUUCGAAGGCAAGAGGGUGGGCAUCAUCGGCACUGGAGCCACGGCCAUACAAGCCAUACCAGUGAUAGCUAAAACGGCAAAGAGCUUGACAGUAUUUCAAAGGACAGCAAAUUGGGCGAUUCCACUACUCAACAGUAAGAUCGAGGAAGAAGAAAUGACGUCGAUUCGAAAGCGAUACCCUGAAAUGUUGGAGACUUUGAAUCGGACCAGAGCGUGCUUUUUACACGAUGCAAAUUACGACUCAAUAUGGGAUGCUACUCCCGAGGAGCGAGAAGUCUUUUGGGAGAAGUUGUAUGCGACGCCAGGGUUCCCCAUGUGGCUGUCCAACUACAAGGAGAUCCUCGUCGACGAGAAGGCGAACGAUCUUGUCACUGCAUUCGUGGCUAAAAAGAUCCGGGCACGAGUUCAUGACCCUUGGACGGCGGAGAAACUUAUCCCUAAGAACCACGGAUUUGGGACACGGAGAGUCCCAAUGGAGACUAAUUACUACGAAGCAUAUAACCAGCCCAACGUGCGCCUCGUGGAUCUGACCGAGACUCCCAUUGAACGCAUCACAGAGAAUGGACUCAUUACCACUCAAGAGACGUUCGAAUUUGACAUGAUCAUCUAUGCUACAGGCUUUAAUGCCGGCAUUGAUAACCAUCGACUUUAUGACGAAUGGAAAGACGGCCCAAAGACAUUCCUGGGCCUGACGGUCAAGAACUUCCCCAACAUGUUCAUGUCGAUGGGGCCCCAUCAAGCUUAUGGAAAUAUCCCUCGCAGCAUCGAAUUUGCCGUGGGCUGGAUAGCAGAAUGCAUAGAGUACUGUCGGGCUCACGGCAUCACUCUCAUCGAGGCCACUGACGAAGGAGUGCAAGAAUGGACAGACCAUGUUCAUGACCUGGGCAAAGAUCUCUUGAGUACCAAGGUUGACUCGUGGAUGACGGGCGUCAAUCGCAAUGUGGCAGGCAAGGAAAAGCGAAUCGUGGCCCGGUACAUGGGGUCUGCGCCAGAGUUUCGGAGGAGGUGCGAAGCAGUGGCAGCUGCCGGGUACAAGGCUUUCAAGCUUGCGUAG